AUGACCGUCGCUCCCUGGGACGUCGCUGCCUUGACUGAGAUGAUGUCCUGUGGGAAAGAUGGGACGUACAGCGCCCCCAUCAGCAUCGUUUCCACCACUCCACCUUUAUUGUCUCUCAGCAUAGUGUUCUCCCAGAAUCUUCAGCGCCUUUCUUCCAUCAUCCGCUGCAUCUCUCAUCACAAGGGAAAGGCUUUUAUCAUCCAACAGCUGAACCAGUUCUGCAUACGCGUUGUGUGUCACAAUUACAACUACCAUUGUGUAUAUUGUUCCUCAAUAAAAAGACGUGACAACUUUGUGGCCCACUUGAAAGGCUGUAAGACUGCUAGUAAAUUAACCACCAUUCGUGACCUGCCUCCCUUAACUGCUAGUAGGUCCUUCAUAAAAUCACAACUACGAAACAGCAUAGUUGUUAAAGCAAAUUGCCCUCAUUGUCACAUUACUAUUCAAAAAAAAAAUUUAAGAAAAAAUCUGGAGAGGAAACACACAAAAUCUAGGGACGACAUUACAGCAAGCCAUCACCUUUAUUCUGAUUGCAUAGACCGAGCUAAUGGUGUCUAUGCAGUCCAGAAACAUUUUCUUUCUUCGAGUGUUCCAAUCCAUGUUGUGUACAAAAUCUGGGGAGCGGAGCAGAAUGUAAGAUGUGAGUUUCCAUCCUGUCAAGUGGAGAUGGACUUAGCCAGGAGGAGUGGACUAAGCCACUACAAAUGCCAUCACCUCAGGUCACUAGACUAUUGUGGGUCCUUUGCUGAUGAUCCUUCUCUUUCAGAAAGCACCCUGACAGAAAUGGUCAGGCUAAAAUGGUUUGGCAGUGAAAGAAAGAGAGAUUGCCUACAGAGACAAAGCUUGGCCACCCAAGACAACAAACCCUUGUCUGUAGCGACAAAGGUGACAAUGCCAUCUUUAAAGAGGUGCAUUUCAGUGUAUGAGCCACAUGCAUCAUAUUAUGCGCAACUUGGAAGAAUAAUGGUCACAUAUGAUGUAAAGCUGAACUCCUGGCAUUGUCCUUGUGCCAGGUCAAGAAGAUCCUGCCUCCAUAAAUAUAUUGCUAAAUGGCACCUGUUCCAGACUGAACGUCAGCUUUUCAGGACCAUUCAAAGCACAGAUCAGACCACUCCAGUUCAUGAAAGUGUAGAUGACGCAGACCUACUGUACCCCCCGACAAAAGAGCUGGAAUCUAUGAUUUGGUAUGUCAUGAACAACAAGACCAUCCCUGCAGCUCUUCCUGAGCACCUGCGUCUGCCUUCAUUUUCAAGCACAUACCCAACUAGCCUCAUUCCCGAUGAGAUGUUCUGCCACAGAUGUGCUGGAAAUGUACCUUUAUCAGACCCUCUGCUCAUCACAUCAAAGGCCAAAAUUCUUACAAAUACAAGAAUUAUCCAUGACGUUGCCACCUACUCAAAAUGUUGCCACCAGUGUGGAAUCCAGUACAGGUAUCAAGAGUGUAAGGAUGGCCUGCAUAAUUUUAAUGACAGUGUCAUUCUUGACCUCCCUUUAUGCCUUCAUCUUUGA